GGUCGUGUAAAAAAUUAUUUUGGUCGUGCAGCUGGACAAGUGAGAUCAAAUAUGCAUAAGAAGCUUCAUUUGGUUGUGGCAGCGUGUAAUAAUAACGGAAUUGGUAUAAAUGGAAAUUUACCGUGGCGUUUGAAGAAAGAUAUGGAAUUUUUCAAAAAGAUGACAUCAGAUACAAUAAAUCCUGAUAAACAGAAUGCUGUCAUAAUGGGGAGAAAAACAUGGUUUUCUAUACCAGAAAAAUUUCGACCUUUGAAAGGACGUGUUAACAUAGUGCUUAGUCGAGAACUAAAGGAGGUACCAACUGGUGUUCAUAUAGCUAGAAGUUUACCAGAGGCUGUAUCUCUGGUAGAAACAGAGUUAUCUGACCUUGUGGAAAAUAUACAUAUCAUCGGGGGAAGCUCUGUGUAUAAGGAAGCUAUGGCGGGACCAUAUCCCUGUAGAAUAUAUCUUACAAGGGUGUUAAAGGACUUUGAAUGCGAUACUUUCCUGCCAGAAAUUUCAGAUGAAAAAUUCACAAAGAUUGCAAAGUAAGUACAAAUGAAAAGGGAGGUAAC